GUGCCGGCGAGAAUCGGACUGUGAAGCCUUCCCCGGUCUCUACUACUCUCCCACUUCUUGCACAAGGCUGGAGGGGAGCCAGCACAGACCUCAUACCUCCUCUCCAUGAGGAUCAGGAGGAAGGGGCAGGGACAGGAGGAAGGCAGCCGAACAGCACAAGGAAAGGGAGGGAUUUCCUGCUGGAAUUGAGGAGACCUGGCUGCCUGAUGCCGAAGGAAACUUCCUUCAAAGUCGGCUAAAGGAUAGUUACGGCGACUCCAGGGGCUGUGGUGACAUCAUUUAUCGUUCAAGGAGGAAGUGUGGCCUUUUCUCUCAAGUAUAAUACACGUGAUGAAACCUUACACCUGGGAUCCUUGUUUAAAGAGAAAGUUUACUGUUUUGACCAGCGCAGUUCUGGAGGGAUCAAAGGGCUUACCUGGAACAGCACAAGAUAAUGUAAUACAAGAAGGAUUUCCUAUUUCAAAAUUUUAAGUAUUCGCUAAUGGUAUGCUGUCUAGCACUGCAGCAUGCCAUAUAUUAUAGACAAGGCACUAAAGCUAGCAUUUCCACCUGUCUGCAUGUGAUAUGGGACCUGCCCAAGUGACUGCAGAUCAGAAGGGGAAUUCAACCGAGAUAUUUCCCCAAAGAUAACAUUUGUUUAUUUACAGACAUUAAAAGCUUGCUUUGACUUUCUUUAACCACGCAGAUGUCUUGAAUGUUGAUUAUAGAUGUGGAUACAACGUCAAAUUUUUUCUGAAUAUAUGGACAGAGCUCAAGAGAUGACUUUAUAGUUCUUCUGGCGAUGGGUCGGGAGAAUGAACUGAUCCAAGCUGUGAAGUGCGGAGAUGUUGGCACUGUACAGAAGCUAUUGGCAAAAGUUCGGACUUCAAAAAAUAAACUUCUCGGAUCAACCAAGAGGUUAAAUAUCAAUUAUCAGGACAGUGAUGGGUUUUCUGCUUUGCACCAUGCAGCUCUUAGUGGCAACUCUGAGCUAUUGCUGUUACUUCUAGAAACACAGGCAGCUGUGGAUAUCAAGGAUGGAAAUGGAAUGCGUCCCUUACACUAUGCUGCAUGGCAAGGUCAGCCAGAGCCAGUGCAACUCCUUCUCAGAGCAGCUGCCAGUGUCAACGCUGCUUCCAAUGAUGGACAGAUUCCCUUGCACUUAGCUGCUCAGUAUGGACACUAUGAGGUGUCUGAGACCCUUUUGCAGCACCAAUCAAAUCCAUGCUAUGUCAACAAAUCCAAGAAAACACCUUUGGAUCUGGCUUGUGAAUUUGGGAGAGUAAAGGUGGUGCAGCUGCUCUUAAAUAGCCAUCUGUGUGUCUCUUUGUUGGAAGGGAUAUCCAAAGAUCCCACAGACCCAAAUUUUACCACACCUUUGCACUUAGCAGCAAAAAAUGGCCAUCAGGAAGUCAUUAGACUCCUCCUUAAAUCUGGCAUUGAGAUUAACAAAGUUACAAAGAUGGGCAGUGCUUUGCAUGAGGCAUCAUUGUGCGGAAAGACUGAAGUUGUCAAGCUGCUAAUAGAGAACGGCAUAGAUGUAAAUAUUCGGAAUACAUACAAUCAGACUGCUUUGGAUAUAGUCAACCAAUUCACCACCACCCAUGCAAGCACAGACAUCAAACAGCUUCUUAGAGAGGCAUCUGGGAUACUUAAAGUUCGUGCCCUCAAGGAUUUCUGGAAUGCUCAUGAUCCAACUGCUCUGAAUAUCAGGGCUGGAGAUCUCAUAACAGUAUUGGAGCAGCAUCCAGACGGCCGAUGGAAAGGUCAUAUCCAUGAUGCACAGAAAGGAACUGAUAGAGUGGGGUUCUUUCCUCCAGCAAUUGUAGAGGUCAUCAGUAAAAGGCUUGGCUCCACUCUUUCUCGUAAUAUGACUAUAACCUCUCAGCAGCGUUUGGCAAAGCCACUGCUACACCAGCCCAACCAGCACAUCACAGUAACCAAUGUUGGAAUAACCUGUGAGUACAUUGGAGCUGGUGACCGUCAUAGUGUGGGCAGUGAGGGUAGCCUGGGCAGUGUGCGCAGUGCUGGAAGUGGACAGAGCUGUGAAAACAGCUGCCUGAGCACCACUCUUUUCAUAGAGAAUGCCCAGAACCUACAUCAUAGUGUUGAAAAUCGCCAUGACAGAAUAUCAAUUGGCACAACACCUAGUCCUAUGUUGCACCCUGUUAAUAGGGGGGAUAAAAACCCAGGAUCAUAUAUGCAAGGAAAGGAUGCUGAACUUAUCUAUUGCUGGCUUCGUAAUUUCCAGUUGGACAUGUAUGUUGGGAACUUUUUAUCUGCAGGCUAUGACCUUUUAACAAUCAGCCGCAUGACCCCAGAGGAUCUCACAGCAAUUGGUGUAACCAAACCUGGGCACAGAAAGAAAAUUUCUACUGAGAUCAGCAGGCUAAUUGUUGCAGAUGGGCUUCCUCAAAAAACACCAGUAGAUCUGUGGGACUGGCUUUCUCAGCUGGGACUUCCUGAAUAUCACAAGCAGCUAUUAGAGAACGGAUAUGAAUCUCUCAACAGUGUGACAGAACUGACAUGGGAGGACCUGCAAGAGAUUGGAAUUCACAGACUAGGUCACCAAAAAAAGUUACUUCUGGGUGUGAAACGUUUGCUUGAUCUCCAAAAGGGUUGCACAAGUGGGGGCACCUUGAGAUCCAGAAUACCAGGUUCAUUGUCUUCAGUGCCUGCUGUGGAGCACCUUGAAAAUGGAGAACCACCCAAGCUACAGACCUUUAAAAAUGUUGAGUUGAGCAAGGAACUCCAGAGUGCAUUGGCACAUGGGGGGGAGAUACUGUGUACUGGAAGGCGUUCAUAUAGUCAGGAGAGUAUAAGUUCUCGUUCACAGGGCUCCGGUCACUCUCAAGAGUCUAUGACUAUACAAGCGCCAAUACUAACUAAUGUUAAAGUUUUGGAAUCCAGUUUACCUGAAAGGAAUUUGCCAGAAGGAACAGACCAGUUUCAAAGACCUGCUUGUAUUGUAAAUGUGUGUUCUGUGAAUCCAGAGCCACCUGUACCUCCUCCCAAGCCUUCUAUGAAAAAACGUUCGUUAAGUGUGUGUCGCUAUGCGUUGUCAGAUGGAGAGCCAGAGGAGGAAGAUAAAAUGUCAAAUUCAGGCUUAGUGGCAUUGGGUUCUUAUGCUACUCUUACUCGUCGCCCCGGUCGUAGCUCCCUCACAAAUGGGCAACCAGUAAAGAAAGUCCAGCGGAGUCAAUCCUUUGCUGUACGAGCUCGCAGGAAGGGGCCACCUCCCCCACCUCCUAAAAGACUAAGUUCUAUGUCUUAUGUAGAUGGCACUGCAGCUGGAAAUAACGCUGUGAAAAGUAUAGCUGCAAAUCUGGAAGGACAGCUGGAAUUUAAACCAACAGAGAUUUGUAAAACUGAAGUUUUCGUGAAUUCUGGGGCUCGAAGGAGGACAGUGAGUGAGUCUGCUGCUGGGGUUAAUGGAAGAUUAUCAUUGCCACUUGCAGUAAAACAGGAAGAAGACCAAAAAGAAGCUAUUUCUUCACAGAACAGCUCAAGCGAGAGCAUUCCUUUUGCUGAGGAAGGAAACCUUACUAUCAAACAAAGGCCCAAACCACCAGCAGCCAAGGCAGAGUUUGUCACUGCAGCAGAACUAUUCUCGACAAUAGAGACACAAACUUCCGUGCAUUCACAAUCUAGGUAUGAAGUGCAUCAGAGUCCAAUAGCAAAAAAAGAGGCACCGCCCCUUUUAAGUCCUAAACCAAAUCUUGAUGCUAAAUAUGCAACUGGGACUCAUGGCUCUAAAGUAAAUGUGGAGCUGAAAUUCAACCUCACUGAAUCUGAUACAGUGAAGAGAAGGCCAAAGAUCAAAGACAGAGAGGCAGACAGCCAUCAAGAAGAAAAUCAAAAUUCUCUUACUACUCCUGUACCAGCUGAAGCAAGCACUUUAUGUGGCCCUUUAGAACUAGAUACUGUUGUGAACGGAAAAGCCAAGAUUGAGAAAUGUGCUAUAGGCUCAGAAAGAAGAGACAAACGAGAAGAGAUUGAAAAAGGGAAAAACACAGGCUCUCUGGCACAUUUGGUGAUAUCUGGGCCAGAGCAGGUUUUACAAAAGCCAUCUAAUGGUUCACCCCCACCUAACAAUUCCAUUUUAUGGGCAAAUGAAUCUUGCACCGUCAUUAGAGAAUGGAAUAAGGUACCUUCACAGAGCAAGGACAGCUCACAGCUUGGGCCUUUAAGAUAUUCCGCCUCUCUACUAAAAAAACAAGAAGAGCAAGAAAAAACUAUCAGUGAUGCAGGUCCUCUGACAAAGAACAUCUUGGAUGACAUCAGUACAAUGUUUGAUGAUCUUGCAGAGCAGCUUGAAGCAAUGCUGGAUUGAAGAGGCCUAUUCACAUUUUUUGCCACUUUAGCAGGACUGCAUGACAGCACAUCUUCACUAGCAUUGGGCAUCUCAUCAACUGUGGGUCCACCUAUAGCACAGAAAUCGCUGUCAAUAAAUUGAGUUUAAAUGUUUUUCCACAGCUCACUAUUUCUUCAUUUACCUUUGUUUUCCUUAUAGACUGUGCCUUAGUAUGUUUGAUCUAAUAAUGUGUUAUUGUUCUAAAUCACUUGUACUGUUUAUUUAAAAUAAUAGCCAUCUCAAAGAACCCCAUGUCCCUGUCCCAAGCUUAUCUGUGUACUGCCACAUCAGUUUUAAUAUUUUUUAUUUUUUUUAUAAACUGUUAUGCUUUUAUUGCUGAAUGAAAUUGUAAAUGUAUGAUUUUCUUUUUUUUUUUGUAAGAAAAGUCUAUUUUAAAAUUAAAUUUAUAUAUGUAUGUAUAAACCUCUAUAAAUAUAUAUUUACUAACCAGAAUAUACUUGUGCUGUUAGUUAUAAAAUGUUCUUUAUAUACAGUUAAAGCAUAUU